UGUAUUUGCAGUCUACUUUAGAAUCACAACUGACUGCUAAACAUGUGUGUAUGCUUCUUGUAGGAAUUUUGCUGGGGGACAACUUUGUAAAUAUUCCUGAGAACUCUGUUCACAUGAGUCAAAGAAGAAAUGAAGCACGUUGUAACAUGGACUGUUUUGCUUUGGCUAGCAAGUGUCAGCCCUUUCACCAUUGGAAUGGCUGUUAGUGACAGGACAGGUAAUUCAUGCCCUAUAUUAAGGAUUAAAAAAAAAAAUCUGAAACAAAACCAAAGGCACAAUGUUGAAGUGACAGGAUUUGAUCUAGCAGAAAAGUUUUUACUAAGGAAGGGGAUUGGAGGAGAAGAAAGGCCAUCUUUUAGACUAGGAAACACACAACUUAUAAAACAAACUGAGUUGGUCUUUCCUAAUGGACUUCCAAAUGAAUAUUCUCUAGUAGCAACAUUCAGACUGAGAAGAACCACUAAAAAAGAACGCUGGUACCUCUGGCAAAUUGUUGAUAAGACCGGCAGCCCACAGGUGUCUAUUGUUGUAGAUGGAAGUAAAAAAGUUUUAGAAUUUACAGCAAUGGGUCUCCUGAAGAACACUCUCCAUUACACCUUCAAGAGUCUAGAUCUUCAGUCUCUGUUCGACCGGCAAUGGCACAAGCUGGGACUCAGCGUCCAGUCCAAAAUAGUUUCCCUUUACAUGGACUGUAAACUUAUUGAAAAAAGGCUGACUGAUGAGAAGGACUUACUUGACGUUGGAGGCAGAACUCUCAUCAUGACUCGCAUUGAAGAUGGUAGACCAGUUGAUGUUGAACUUCAACAAAUAACAAUUUACUGUGAUACGGAAAUGUCUGAACUUGAAAACUGCUGUGAAAUACAAGGUGCUACGUGCCCACCAAUAGUGCUCUCUGCCACAGUUCCUUCCCUGGUUACCAGUCACUUCCCCAGAAUGCUUUCACAACCUGCCCAUUUAACAACUGACAAGUGCCAAUGUUCUGCAAUCAAGGGAGAGCAAGGCUUACCAGGGGUAUCAGGACAGCCUGGUCAGAAAGGAGACAAGGGGGACACGGGAGAAAGAGGUGAAUAUGGAUUUCCAGGAAACCCUGGUAUCAAGGGUGACAAAGGAUCUGAUGGCACUCCUGGGAUAAAAGGCCAGGCAGGGCCACAGGGAGAAUCGGGACCUGUGGGUAAUGAUGGAAUCAAUGGUGAAAAAGGUGAAAAUGGAGAGAAAGGAGAAUAUGGUCCCGCAGGCAAACCAGGAAAAGAAGGUUUAAAAGGUGAUCCUGGCUCCCCUGGUCUUAGUGGCCCCAAGGGUGAAAAAGGGGAUACAGGUCUUCCAGGUCCACCAGGUCUAUCUGGUCAAUCUGCAGGACUGAAGGGAGAACAAGGUUUACCUGGUCCAGUGGGAGAAAAGGGUCCACUAGGGCCAGAAGGUCAGCCAGGUCCACCAGGCAAGGAAGGUCAAAGGGGACGACGAGGAAGGCCAGGUGUUGCUGGGAGCCCCGGAUCCCCAGGACCUCCAGGUCCUCUGGCUGCAACAACAGGAUCAGGAAGAAAGGGCGAAAAGGGUGACCCUGGAAAGGAUGGGAUAAAAGGAGAGAGAGGCAAUCCUGGUCACCCAGCAGAAACAGGUCCCCGUGGAGAAAAGGGGGAAGUUGGACCUAGAGGUCCACCAGGACCUACAAUGACACCCCAUGGUCUCAGACAUCUAACUGGAUAUGGAGGAUCAUGGGAGAAAGGACUGAAAGGAGAAAAAGGAGAUGCAGGCAUCCAGGGACAACAAGGACUAAAGGGUGAAGUGGGGGAGAUGGGUCCACCAGGCCCUAUUGGAAGUUCAGGACCCGAGGGUAAAGAAGGGCUCCCAGGCCCUGUUGGACCCAGAGGUAUCCCAGGGGAAGCAGGAUUACCAGGAGACCAGGGAGUACUAGGAAACAAUGGCAUGAAGGGUGAAAAGGGAGACUCUGGUGGGGUGGCAGGCCCUCCAGGACUGCCCGGUCCCAAAGGAGAACAUGGGAUUCCAGGACUGGGAAUUCCUGGAAAACCGGGAGAAGGCACACCAGGACCUAGGGGAUCUCGAGGGUCUAAGGGCGAGAGGGGCGUGCCUGGUGUUGCAGGAGAUCCUGGGAAGAGAGGACUCCCUGGAAUAGGGAAUCAAGGACCUCCAGGUCCUCUUGGUCCAGCUGGAGAACGAGGUAUUCAGGGACCUAGAGGACCACCAGGUUUGCCAGGGACAGCAGGCUUACCUGGAGUUGAAGGAACACCAGGGAAGGAUGGGAAAGCAGGUCCCCCUGGUCCCCCAGGAGAGCCAUCGGCACUUCCAAUGGUUCGAGACAUGGGUGCUCUUUUAAAGAAUGCCUGCCAUGUGUGCCAGCUGAGAUCACCGGGCUUGCCUGGACAGAAAGGAGACAAAGGGGUGCCUGGAGUGCCAGGUGCGGAAGGACUGGAAGGGUUGAAGGGUGACCCAGGAUUGAGAGGGCCUCCAGGGAUUCCUGGGAGAGAGGGCCCAAAGGGAGUUAAAGGGGAACGCGGAUUUCCAGGUCCUACUGGAGAAAAGGGAGAUCAGGGCUCUCCAGGUGUGCCAGGGUUCUCGGGUCCCACAGGUCGCACUGGAUCUCCUGGCCUUAUGGGAAGACCUGGACCCCAUGGUCAACAAGGAAGUAAGGGUGAAAGAGGCAGUGAAGGGCCGCCUGGCAGACCAGGACUUCCUGGACCUCCUGGCCAUCCGUAUCUUGAGGGAAAUGGCAUGGGCAGCCUGUACAAACUGCAGGGAGGUGCAGGUUCUAUUGGCUAUCCUGGUCCUCCAGGUCCAAAAGGCGAUGAAGGCUUAGCGGGAGAACCAGGUGCAAUGGGAUUGCCAGGACUAGAAGGACUACCAGGAGCAAAGGGAGACCCAGGGGUUCCAGGUACAGCAGGUGAACCAGGCUCACCAGGGAAGCCUGGAUCUCCAGGUACACCAGGACUCCCGGGGGAACCUGGGGAGAGAGGACCUGUGGGUGAGAUUGGCUUUCCUGGACCUGAAGGACCUUCUGGACCUUCAGGAAGACCAGGGAAAGAUGGGAUACCUGGCUAUGAGGCAUUGUAUUGCAAGAACUGCCCUGGAGCAACUGGUAAUACUGGAGAGAGAGGAUCCAAAGGCGAGCGUGGUGAUCCAGGCAUACCUGGAGAAAGAGGUCUUCAGGGGGUACGAGGGCAUCUGGGAGACAAAGGGGAUGUGGGACCUAUAGGACCCAAAGGCCCACCAGGAGACAUUGGGAAUCCAGGGCCCUUGGGCUCACCUGGUCCUCCAGGCCCAAUGGCUGAUGCUACUUUAUUUGAGGAAUUAAGAAUAUUUAUUCAAGAAGAAGUUUUAAGGGUAUUUGAAGAGAGGAUGUCUGGCUUUGCCCCACAGAUGAAGUUUCCUGCUGCAAUAUUAGCUGCUCACGGAACACCAGGCCCUCCAGGCAAUGAUGGGUUACCUGGGCAACCAGGGGAGCCUGGGUCACCAGGACCUCAAGGCUACCGUGGCCAGAAAGGAGAAAGAGGUCAACCUGGCAUAGGACUUCUAGGAGAUCCCGGUCCAGCUGGUCCUCCAGGCCCGUCCGGGACAGGUCAUCCAGGCCUAACUGGUUCCCCUGGCCCUGCAGGCCCACAAGGGCCCCAAGGACUGAAUGGAAGGUGUAACCCAGCUGACUGUUACUAUCCUGUAUCCAACCUGCGACGGAACGGAUAG